AUGAGGCGAGGUAUGUUCAACCAGUUCGAGCAAGAGGUUAUGCGUCUGACUCUCGUUAAGGGAAGUACCUUCGUCCCUGAAGUAUGGACGUCUCUCUCCCCAGAGUUAAGGCUUUUCAUAGUUACAGGAGAGACGGUCUUUCCGGAUGCUAAGCCUGGUCAAGAACUAACGGUUGAGAUGAUGUUGGACGUUACGUCUCAAUGGGAGAAUACUGAGAAUUAUCCUAUCCUCCUACCCCUCAAGAUUCCUGCUGAGGAUUCUAACCGUUUAGAAGGUCAUACUUUUGAUACUAUUGCUCAGCAAGCUUGGAAAAGGUACGAGUCUGAGAUGUCCUAUAUUGAGACGGAAAGUCCCGAAGAUAAGUGUUUCUAUAGGGCUCUCACAGUUGCUGAGACAAGGUUCUGCCGUGUUCGUGAUGGAGAAGAAGAGGCCUAUCCUAUGGAUGGUUCAGCUAUGGCUAUUCCGUGGGAGACUAAGGGUGACCAUGAUGAGACGCUCCAGGAAAUCGCUAGAGAUCCUAAGAAUGGUUAUGUGGAUUCUGCUACUAAAGAACCUACUAGGGUGGUUGAUGAAGCCACUGCCGCUACUACUGCUAGUAAUGAUGCUAAGGUUACAACCCCCCAGGUGGAUGUGACUGGUAAUGAUGGUUCUUCCUCUAAGUGGGACAAAAACUGGUAUGGUUCUUCCUCUAAGUGGAGUGGAGAAUGGUAUGAUACUACCGGUUCGGCUUCUAAGUACAAGGUUAACUGGUAUGAGACUCCUCAGCUCGAGGGUAAGGUUCUACUCCAACCUGUAUGCGACUCUCCGCCUACUGUUACUAAUGAUGAAGAAGCACAAGGUGGUUCCAGCUGUUCUAAGAGUGUAUUUUUGAGUGAUGUCAUGAAAUCCACUUAUGAAGGAGGCUCGGUUGAAGUGAAGUCUUCAGAGAAGGGUAAGAAGAAGAAGUCUAAAGGGUCUAAGGAUGAAGGUUCUUCAAGCUCUUCUAGUUCUUCAAGUAGCAGUAUUGAAUCAAUACUGCUACUUGAAGAACUAGAAGAGCUCAAUACUAUUGAUGAAUAA